AUGGACGAAUAAAACUAAUCUGAAAACUGUGGUUCAUUCCAAACAGGUAGUACUGCCUUAGGAAUUCCUAUUUUUAUCAGCUUAUUUUAUAUGUCAAAUGUUUAAUCUUAUAUUCAUUUCUAAGUACCUGACAAGAAGUAAUAUUUAGACUUUGGGAAAAAAGAAUUAUGCUUCGGUUAUAACUCUUUCGAUUUUGCAAACUCAGUUAUCAGAGAUUUAUACGAUUUUGGAUAAAUAGAUUAACCUGUAACCUUCUUAACUUUAAAUAAAGUACUCUAAAAUUAAAAUACAGAUGAAAUUAUUGGAUAAAUUGACAUAGGAUAACCAAAUAUGCUUUCAAUAAGAGACGGAGAACAGCUUGCAAUUUUGAAAUCGGUGAUUAAUAAAAAUUUUUAUUUUGCAGUAGCCAGCAAUUAAAAAAUUUAAUUUUUAGGAUCGCCUGUUAAGCUAUCAACAGAAAAUGUUUCCUUCAAAUUUAAUUCCCCUUAUUAUGCUAUAAGCUCAGAGACAUAUUUUUACAUAGUAAAGCAAUUAAAAGAAAACAAAAUAGAUUACCUAAUAGAAAAAAGAUAAAUAAGAAAUAAAGAGGUUUAAGAUUCCUAAAUGAUUAGUGUAUCAGACAUUACAAAGUUAAGUGAUAUCUAAGUAGAAUUAAUCAAAGAAGAAGACAACACUACUUUCACAGUAAUUAUUAAACCUUCAUAGUAUACAAGAAAACUAGAUGUUAAUAAAUAUGAAUUGCUAUUUGAUACUUACUUAGGAGUAAUUGACUUCUCUUUAGGAAACACUAUCUUUGAAACAUAUUAUAUAGGAUUUAACUAAGCAAAUGGCAAAGUACUUAUAGCUGAAAGAUCAAUAUAAAAUAUACAUCAAUAACAUGUUUGA